AUGACUCCAGAUAUUAAAACUGUACAAGGCAUCACUUCUUCCCUGGUCAGUAGUGAUAGUAGCAUACCUGGCUCUUUGGGUCCUACUCAUACUGUUAUAGACUGCCAGAACCUGAGGAUCGAUAGGGACACCAUUAGCAAAAAGCUUGAGGCUAGGCUUGCAGUAGUGGAACAAAGUUCUGUGGCAGUGGAUGGACAACCACAGAAUGACUCACGGAGUGAGGAUGCUAACACAUCUAAGGAAGCGAUACCAGAGGUAGUGUCGGCUGUUAUCGUACCAGAUUCUCAAGUAGUUCGGCUCGAACAUUAUAAGCCUGAUUCUGUGAAAUUUUUUAUUGCUACUGAGGCUGAGAAAAAAAGGUGGAGCAUGGGAUGCUUCCGUGAUCGGGAAAGACUGAUUGGUGAAGAGUUAUUACGUCGCAGUAUACUAAAGAGUGGUUUAAGUACUGUAUGGCUUGAUGAUCUCAUGAAAGAGUGGAAAGAAAUCCAUGCUCAAUUCGUACAAAUUUUUAGCCAGACAUAG